GACAGUUUAGGUGUCAUAAUGAUUAGGUCCUUAGAAUUGGGAUUUGUGUGUGGAGCAAGCAGCAACUGAAUCAGUUUCAUUUAUGUUUGAGACUGACUCUGAGGUUCUACUGAGCAUCACAUUUAUUAUGCAAGAAGUGUAAUCUGUAUUUCUGAGAUCACAGCCAUUUUAGAAUAUGAUGCAUGAAAGCGCUGGAAUGAUUGGCAGGUUUUGUUCCAACCUAAAUUUCCAUUAUGUGCAUUAUCAGGAGGGUCCCAGUACCUGUCCGGGAGACAGCUGUGGCGCAGAGACUUUAUGGCAGCAGGAGCUUGGGAAAGGGAGGGGAUGUUCUCGUGCUGCAGUCCGGCUCCAGCAGCAUAGAGAGGAGAGGAGGAGCGAGAGAGGGAGAGUGAAAAGAACUGCUGGCACGUCAAAAUUGGAACAAAUCCCUCACAGGGGAGAAAAACUUACGCAGUCACAAAGUCACGUCAGCGACGAAGAAUGGGCGCUUUUGAUACAUGUUUGAGAUGUUCUUAUAGCCAACGUAAUUUUAAAAAAAAGGUAGCUAGUGGUGUUUUGUCGUAUGAACAUAUAGUGUGACCCAUUACUCUUCAGGCUAAAUGGAUGUGACAACUAUACCUGUCCAUCUCAUCCCGACUGAGUCACGGACUUGAUUUGUCCUCUCUGUUUACUGAAUGCGCACGCUGGUUUACAUGUUCUAACGUGACACGAGGGGAAUAACAAACCGUGCUUCUUGGGCCAUAGGAAGAGACUCGUAAAUCACCGCAUCGGACAAGUGCGAAAGUUGCGAUAGGAAUCGGUGCAUUGUCAUUCAUUGGCGCGGUGACCGGGGCUACGUUUACUAGAUGAGUAGAGGAACGAUUUGAAUGAAAAAAAUGGAGUGGAAACAUGUUGAGGCUGUACAGGAAUUUACAGUUGAAGGACAAUGCAGCAAAAUUAAGGUGCGAUCUUGCAGAAUUACCUGGGACGCCCACCAGGUGGAAAACCCUAGCGUGGAGCUGUCUCUGUCGGAGCUGCAGGAGAUGGCCACACGUCAACAGCAACAGAUCGAGGCCCAACAGCAGAUGCUGGUUGCCAAGGAGCAGCGUUUGAGGUACCUGAAGCAGCAGGACCACACACAGGGCCAGACAGCGUCAGAGGCUGAGAAGCUGCAGAGGUUGAAGGAGCGAGUGGAGAGUCAGGAGGCCAAACUAAAGAAGAUCCGCGCCAUGAGGGGCCAGGUGGACUACAGCAAGCUCAUCAAUGGCAACCUGUCGGCUGAGAUCCAGCAUGUGAGUGGGCUGUUCCAGGAGAAGCAGGCAGAGCUGCAGUCAGCUGUGGUGAAGGUGGACCAGCUCACCCAGCAGCUGGAGGACCUGAGGAGGGGACGUCUCAACGGCCUGCAGCCCCUAGGAGGACCUCUCACUGGCACGGCCGCCCUGGAGCUACGCAAACUUUACCAGGAGCUACAGGUGCGUAACAAGCUGAACGCGGAGCAGAGCGGCAGGCUGCAGCAGAACAAGGAGCUGCUGAAUAAGCGCAACACAGAGGUGACCAUGAUGGACAAGCGCAUCUGGGACCUCCGCGAGCGCCUGCACAAGAAAAAAGCUGAGGCACGUCAAAAAGAGAACAACCCUCUUAACAGGAUAAAUGGGCCUCCCUCCCCCCAGCCCACCCCCAGCAGCUCAGGGCGCGUGGCCGCUGUGUGUCCCUAUAUCCAGGUCCCCGUCCCAGGCAGACAGGAGGGAGGCUACGCUCUGCCCCCAGACCCCUUAAAACCACAGUCUGUCCCUGGGACUGGCCCCAUCAACCAUGGCCGCUCUAAAUCAGCAGAGGAGGAGGGGUGCGGUGUGAGGAAGCCCUCCGGCCAAUGGAAGGUCUCAGAUUUAGACAUCAUAGUGGACCCCGUGGAGCUGAGAGAGGGGCACCGGUCCCCCUCAGGGGCCCACGGUGCUAACACCAAUGAUGCAGUGUGGCCCACCCUGAGUAAAAGUGUCUCCUCACGCCAACCUUCAGAUUGGAGGAAAACCAGCCCAGACCAGAGCCUUGACUCCAGUAAGCUACCAGGAGGAUCCGUGUCCAAACCACCACCCAUCUAUGGCACUUACCCUGCACCUACUGGUCACCCGUCUAUAGUCUGCUCUACCAGCUCCCUGCCCAGGUCUGCCCCUGCCACCUUAGCCUGGCAGCGCUCAGCCCCAACCCCUGCACCUCCUGGUUCCUCCUCCCAGCAGAUCCAGCAGCGUAUCUCUGUCCCCCCCAGCCCCACACCCCAGCCGGGCCAGGGAGAGAGGCCUGACCCCCCGCUGGCUGUGGCUGUGAGGCCCUACGUCCCAGACAGGUCCUCCUCCAGGCCUCAGUCCCCCAGGAAGGGCCCAGCCACCAUGAACUCCUCCUCCAUCUACCACAUGUACCUGCAGCAGCCGACAGCCAAGAGCUACACACUAGGAGGCAGAUCUGCUGUCAAAGCAGUGUAUGGGAAACCAGUGCUUCCCUCCAGCACCUCUCCCUCCCCUGUGCCCUUCCAACACGGGGCACUGUCCCCAGGAGGAGGCCUGGGGGGUGGAGAGGACAUGGUGGACAGGGAAGGGGACACCACAGAGGGUAGACUCCUACCCCCUCCCAGUGUGGAGAACAUCCCGCGGCCCCUGAGCCCCACCAAGCUGACCCCCGUGGCCCACUCCCCGCUGCGUUACCAGAGCGAUGCCGACCUGGAGGUCCUGCGCCGGCGGUUGACCAACGCGCCGCGCCCGCUGAAGAAACGCAGCUCCAUCACAGAGCCAGAGGGCCCCACCGGACCCAACAUCCAGAAGCUCCUGUACCAGCGCUUCAACACCCUGGCCGGAGGCAUGGAGGGCAGCAACAACACUCCGUUCUACCAGCCUGUCUUCAUGGGUGGUGUCCUGGGAUGUCCUGACAUGGACAACAUCAACACUGCUAAUGGGAACCUGAUGGAGACCGCCUCCCUUGUGGUCACUGCAGCAGAGGGUCCCAAUUCAGACCAUCGCCUGUCCCCUUCCUCUGACUCCAAUGAAAAUCAGCAGCAGAGGACCCCCCCACCCAGUGAGGCCAUUCCCUGCUUGCCCACCCCCCAGCCCAGCAAGGAAGACAACAACAACAACAACCAGCCUGGUCCUACCACCACCAGCACCACCUCCACUCCAAGGCCCAUCCCUGAGGCCUCGUCCCCCCAGCAGAAAGACACCUCUCCUCGGACUGUCACACCCCCGGCACUGCCUAAGCAGAUCAAGAGGACUAACCUGAAGAAGCCUGAGUCAGAGCGGACAGGCCACGGGCUGCGGGUCAAGUUCAACCCCCUGGCCCUGCUACUGGACGCCUCUCUGGAGGGAGAAUUUGACCUGGUGCAAAGGAUCAUCUAUGAGGUUGAGAAUCCCAGCACAGCCAAUGAUGAGGGCAUCACCCCCCUGCACAACGCUGUAUGUGCUGGACAUCACCACAUCGUCAAGUUCCUGCUCGACUUUGGGGUCAACGUCAACGCUGCUGACAGCGAUGGAUGGACCCCACUACACUGUGCCGCCUCCUGUAACAGUGUACAUCUCUGUAAGAUGCUGGUGGAGUCAGGGGCGGCCAUCUUUGCCACCACCAUAAGUGACGUGGAGACAGCGGCUGAUAAGUGUGAGGAGAUGGAGGAUGGAUACACACAGUGUUCCCAGUUCCUCUACGGGGUGCAGGAGAAGCUGGGUGUGAUGAAUAAAGGGUCAGUGUACGGGCUGUGGGACUACGAGGCCCAGAGCUCAGACGAGCUGUCUUUCCACGAGGGAGACGCCAUUACCACUCUGAGCCGCAGGGACGACGCUGAGACAGAAUGGUGGUGGGCCAGACUACAUGACAAGGAGGGAUACGUGCCACGCAACCUGCUAGGGUUGUAUCCAAGGAUCAAGCCUAGACAACGUUCUCUGGCAUAGAGAAGAUGACGCACGUUGCUGAGAAGAUAGUGCACGUUGUUGUGCUGGGACUGGGCUCAGAGCUGGAGCUGACUAGACUUGCAGACAGUGGCAGCGCCUGGACAGUGCCCUCUCUCUGUGUCAGUCUGUGCCACCCCAGAACAAAGGACAAGGGCCAGGGCAUGGACAGAGUGGCCUAUAUCUGGACAGACAGACAGAGACAGACAGACGGACGGACGGACGGACAGACAGGCUCGAUAUUGGUGGUCACUUACCAAGUAGGAAGAAGAGCCAGCACACACCAUCCAUAGAUCCCUGUCUGCAUUUAAGGUUUCGCUUUUCUCUCUGACUAAGCUGACUUUUUCUCAUUGGUUCAUGAAGCAAUGAAGCAACAUUUGUACUUAUUUUUUUGCCACCACCCCUCAUUCAGAUAAUACUCUGGGACUGGGCUUCCCAUUUCCCUCUCUCACUCAGUGUUUUUCUCCUGUGUGUCAGUCGAGUAAGGACUUGAAUGUGAUAUUCUCAGAGAAGGGAGCAGAGGACAGGACAGAGGCAGUCAUGGGUUAGUGAAUGUGGGUUUGAACUAAGUGCUGUUAGAUGAAGAUGGACAGUUCCCCUGCAAGGCAAAUCUCCAGGGUUUCAGUGGAGGAAAGAAAGCGAGAGAUAAGGUAAUGUUUUUACGAGAAGAGAAAUGGACUGGAUGAAAUGUGACAGCAGGUGUUAUUGAACGACUCUGAAGGCUGGUUAAAGCUACUGAAAGAGAUGUGGAAUGUUUAAAACAGUCAUACAAUAUUGGUUUUAUUUUUGCGAACCAAAAUGUGUUUGUUCUGAAGGAAGGAGGGGAAGAGGUAGUGCUGGGAUAGGAAAGUGAGAGGUGCAGUAUUUUCUUAUACAGAUAUAAUAACUAUGAAGCUAACGAUGAGUGUGAAUUGAAACUAAGCUCAUCAAACACGCAUAGGCCUACAGUAUAUAAAUGCUUUAUCACCCAAACAGGAGGUCUAUAGUUAGGAUCUCUCUUUGGCGUUUGUAUUCAUAUUGAGUUCAAUUUAGGCAGAAGUUUCUACAUUGUGCUAUUUUCCCUAUUUUUGUUUCAGGUUGGUUGUUGUCUAUUUAAUAGCCAUCAUGCAAAUUGAUACACCAUUUCAUCACUGAGUAUAGCCUACCUGUUGACCGACGCUGGCUUGAUAUACUGGUUGUGUAUUACAGUCUACUGUAUGGAUGGGUUAUGUGACAUACAAAACAAACACCAAUCAAUAUGCUGCAAAAAAUGUAAAUGUACACAAUAAAUAAUUGUUUCCCUUGAAUGGGAGUAAAAAAAAAA